GUACCAAAACCCCUAUCCAGUAGCCCUUUCCGGCUUUCGUUUCCUUUUCCACUCGCGAGUCUCAGUAGUCACCGGCGCAGCAGCGAUCUUCAUUCGCCGGUGGAAGUGACCUCUAAAGAUUCAAGUAUGAACAUCGAGGAGCUGGAAGAUCUGGACGGACCUAGCCAAGUAAACGCUCGGACCUCCAAAUUCGCGCCCAAAUCCUCCAAAUUUGCACCAAAGAUCAAACCAAAAGUGCAGCUGAAGCUGGAAUCCAAAUUGGAGCCGCAAGAACCAACGGGAAAACAAAAGACGGAACCAGGUCAAUCAAAUGUAUUGGUUUCCAAAAAGAAAGAGAACCAAGAGGUGGAUGCUAAGUCAGCAGUCUUUGCAGAACUGAAAAGCGAAGCUUUAGUUUCAAAUGGCGCAGUAAAAAUGGAUAUUGAUACUAAAGCAGAAGCCGAGGAGGAGUCGAAACUAUAUGACGCCAUGGAAGAGGACCGUGAAGAAGAGGAGCAAGAACAAGAUAUGAUUGUUCGCGAAAUCGAUGUGUUUUUCACUCCCUCAAUUGAUGCCAAUACUCAGCUCUAUGUUUUGCAAUACCCUUUAAGACCGUCCUGGCGUCCCUACGAGUUAGACGAGCGUUGUGAAGAGGUAAGGGUGGAACCUGCAAGUGGGAGUGUGGAAGUAGAUUUGCCCCUUGAUGUUGAUUCCAGGAAUUAUAACGGGGAUGUUACUAACAAUAAGAUGACAAAGCAGACAUUACGUUCGGUAUGGAUGCCACCUCGUGCAACUGGUUAUGCUGUUGGGGUUUUAAUGGGUGAUAAGUUACACCUGAAUCCCAUCCAUGCUGUUGUUCAGCUUCGACCAUCAUUGGAGCAUCUCAAGUCUGGUGGCUCAAAGAAAAAGCAUGUGGGCACAGCUGAUAUAGAAGGCCCUGUUAAAACAGAAGAAUCUACUGAAGGGAAAUCUGUUGGUCCAUCAAGCAAGCAGAACAAGCGAGCACAAUCCUCAACUGAGCAAAAAGCAGAUGAUGAAAAGUGCUUUGUUCCGCUUAAGUACCAUGGCUCUGUGAGUGAUUUUUCAGCUCAGUAUCUACAGAAAAUGAUGGCACAAGAAAGCUCACCAAUACAAUUUACAAUGAAUUCGUAUGACUAUGUCGAUUCUUUGUGUCCUGGAGCAAGCAACAACAUCAAAGCUACUGGAGCAUCGAGAAGGUUCCUGCUUUCUAUGCCACUUGAUGAACGUUUCAAGAAAUUGCUGUCUGAGGGGCCUCCUAUUCAACGGUUCAGUGCUCUUAAGCAUUUUGCUCCUGAUGCUUCAACUGAAGAUGUUUUUGGAGUCCUUGAAAAGCAUGCUGAUUUAUUGCAAGGACUCUGGGUUCCAAAAAGUAAAUUGCUGUUUCCAGGAGAUUCUUCCAAAUCUUUACCUCGAGAUUAUGUGCUUGUUUUAUUUAGCAAGAAGACAGAAAUCAGUUUGGAGCAAGUAAAUUUUGCUGGAAGUCGUAAAGAUGAAGUAAAAGGCUUCCUGAAAAGUUUAGCCAUUGAAAGACCUUCCUUCAAAGAUUGGAAGUUGAAAGAGCAACCAGAUGUGGCAUUUAUGAAACGUUAUCCAGAUAUUGUUAAGAAGCAAGAAGAGGCUUGGAAAGUUAAAGAUGGAGCUUUAAUGUCUCUUAUGUUAAAAAUAAAAGGUGGGUCCAGUAAAACAAAGCCCAAUAUUGCAAUUAAGCCUGAAAAGGCAGUGAACUUAGAUAAAGGUGAAGCAAAAGCUGUCCCUGGGGCACAAGCUUUGAGGAAAAUGGCAGAUGAAACUCGAGAAGCUAUGCCAAGGUACCUGAAGAAGGUUUUUCAAAUUCACAAGGUUUGCAGCUUGCAACUUAUUCGCAAAGGCUUGCGGGAUUUGGCUGUUUCCCAGUCUGCUACUCCAAAGCUAGAUCAUAGUAGUAAAUUUGCAGUUACAGCAGCAGCAGGUGCUGAUGCACCUGAAAAUGAGCUCAAAGAAGUCAUAAGCCAGGUUGCAGUAGAAAUUGGUGGACUUUAUGUACUGAAGUCAUCCCUGGAGCAUCCAGAAUAUGAUCCAUUCAGGAACGUUGUCAUUGAUCUCCUUCUUGUAAAUGGGAAAUUUAAGAAAGCUGAAGUGAAGCAAGCUGCUUCUAUUGCUCUUAAAAGGGAAAUCACUGACAACGAAUACAAUAAGGUCGUGACUGACUUUUGUGAAUAUAAAAGUGGUUGGUGGGUCUUGAAAAGCGGUGAUGGCAAGCCAAACUAAUUUUGUAUAUACUGUUGCAUAUUGUUUAGAAAUUGGAAUGAUGAGAAAAUAUUUUCGGUUCAAAGAAGAGGCAGUGUACAAAUCUUCUUCUGCUUCUUCUUCUGCUUCUUCUUCUUCUUCUAUUUUUUUUCCUUGGUAUUCAAGCAAGCAUAGGCAAAGUAGUGAUAAUGGACGCAUCAAACAAGCGAAAUCAUUUUUGGGAUAUAGCAUUGGAUCAUGUCUUAACUCUUCGUCAUGAAUGGUAUGUUGUUUUAAUCAAAUCAUUUGAAUUCC